GGAAACAGAGUCUCAGGCAGGGAAUGACUGGUGGCAAUUCUCAGGUGGGGAGGGUGUCUCAGAUGAGGGGGUUCUCAGGUGAGGGACUUCAAGACGUGGGAGCAACAAGGAGGCCAUUCAACCCAUCAAGUCUGCUCCAUCACUCAAUGAGAUCACGGCUGCUCUAAUCAUCCUCAACUCUACUUUCCUGCCUUUUCCACAUAAGCCUCGGUUGUAUUAGUGAUUAAACAUCUGUCUGUCUCAGCCUUGAAUAUAGGCUGAUGCUGAGGAAGGAAUCACUGGUGGUAAAGAGGCUGUCUCAUGAUGAAGGUGAUCCAGAUGAUGGAUCUAUUUAUGUGUUCGGCUUUGUUGAUGGUCGCCCUUGGCAACAGAUGUGCAUUGUUAACCAAGCCCAUCGGGGUUGCAUGGACAUCCUAUCCUCUGAGAAAUACUUGUUAAUGUUAUGGCAGGACAGAGUGGAAUGCAGGGAUAUCCAGAACCUUUCUACUGGAGAGGUCGAGGGUGACUUGAUUUGGGUGAAGCAACUGAAGGACAGGGAAAAGCAGUGUACAGCACUUCCACUGAUCCCUGAUGGUUAUGUCACAACAACUCUUCCAUUUUACAAACCAUUGGCACCACAACUUCGUGCAAGAAAGCUGGCACUUGGCAGUGAGCAUGCAGUCCUCCUAAGCAGUGAUUUUACAGUGUAUUCCUGGGGCUCAGGAAGGCAUGGUCAGUUGGGACAUGGUGGUGUUGAAGAUGAAGCAGAACCACGUAUUGUGGAGGCACUACAUGGUCUGGCAAUGGCUGAAAUAGCAGCAGGAGGCUGGCAUUCUGUGAGUUCAAGUGCAUCAGGAGAUCUUUAUGUUUGGGGAUGGAAUGAGUCUGGACAGUUGGGACUACCUGCCAAGUCAUGCUCAGAGGAGAAGCAUCGGAAGACCCCUCAGCAAAAGAGACUCUCGGGAGAGGUCACACCAUCCUUGAGUGAGGCAAACAACACGGUUAUAAAAUCAGCAAAUAAGAUAACAGCUUUGGGUGAUUCUAAUGUCUUCAUCUCAAUUCAAGCCUUUCCUGCAUUGCUGGAUUUACCAGAGGAGUUAGAGGUCAGCAAGGUCAGCUGUGGGUCACGACAUAGUGCGGUCAUCACCAGGGAAGGUAAACUCUUCACUUGGGGUUGGGGUAACUACGGGCAACUUGGCCACGGACAGUCUAAUAGUUCUGAUCUUCCAAGACUUGUUGAGUACUUUGUACGAAACCGUCUUUCUGUUCUCGAUGUUGUUUGUGGAACAUGGAACACUUUUGUGUUUGCACAACAGGAAGCAUUUUGAGCCUUGGAUGAAUUGUGUUCUGUCACUCACUGAAAUAUGUCUGAUUAAGAUCAUGUCAAAAAUCAGCACAGUGGCGUCGUGAGCAACCAAGCACUGAACUAUAUUAAGUUGGUUUGCUUUUUGAUUGUCAAUUGUUGUUAAGUUAUUUGCAGCACUAAUUGGCUUUCCCGUGGCUUAGGAAUGGGACAAAAUGGACUGUUUCUUGCUGCUCAUUUGUCCAUUGACCUGUAUUGGGAAUAUACACGUGUAGGUAUUUGUGAGCAGGACUGUGGUUGCUUCUGUGAUAAAUUAGUUUGUGGACAAUUUUAGUCUUGAUGUUUGAGAAGAGUACCCACAAUGGACAAAGUAUUGGAGGAGCUAAUGUGCUCACAUGACUUCAGGAAGAGAAAGUCUUGCCAAAGCUAAAACCACUGGCAUCAGAACAACGAGUGAUAUGAGAAGGAAGCAACUGAUUAGGACAGCAAUAAGUUGGAGACCUUAUUAACUUCUCAUUUCCUGUUGUUGCAGCAAGCAUCACAUAUGGAUCAGACUUCCUGGCCAAUUGCUCAAUUUCACAUGUAACUUGCCAUAACAUCUUAACUCUGGUCUACUCUUCUUCACUAUCUAUCCCUCCAACCCGGCACUUCUCUCCAUCUUCAGAAAAACCGAUCUGAUCACCUUGUCUUUACCUGCUUCCUCUAGCACUUUCCCAGUUUGUAAACAUUGUUUGAACUCUAUUAUUAAAUGUAUAACUUUUAACAAAA